CACUUUUGUAAGGCGUUAUUUCAUUCAGAUCAAUAUGGCCGCGACCCUCAGUUGUCAAUUAUUAUGUGUUUUGAACGGCGAGUUUUAGUUUAAUGGAAUUACAUUUUAAAUGCGUGGUCUUUCCUGCAAAAUCUUUGAUAGAACGUAUUUUUAUUCAAUAUUCAUUUGACUGUUAUCCCUGCCGGGGGGUCAAAGCAAAAAUAUGGAGUACGCUGCCCAACCAAACAACCCUAUGAACUUUACAGAAAAUCAACACGGCAAUGUUAUUUUGGAAAAACUGCGAAUGCAGAAGGACAGUGGAAGAUUCUGUGACGUGACACUUUACGUGGAAGGAAAGCAAUUUAGGGCUCACAGGAACGUGUUGGCCUCCUGUUCGCCAUAUUUUAACUCUAUUUUGAAAAUGCAAAGAAUAGUGAAGGAACAUCUUACUAUAACCUGCAAGAGUUCUGAGGUGUUUCAGUGUUUGCUCAACUACAUGUACACUGGUAGUGUGGUCAUAGAUAAAGAAAAUGUGUGUGAACUUGUCAGACUCUCCAACCACUUUUUGGUUCCCAAAUUAAAAGAUUAUUGUUCAGAGUAUCUGGAACGCUAUUUGGAUGCUACCAAUUGUGUAUCUGUCAAAGAAAUGGCUGACAAGUACUCCAUGCCCUCCCUCCUCAAGUACUGCUCUUCUUUUAUCAAAAACAACAUAGAAGAUGUGAUGAAGCAAACAGAGCUUUUAGAAUCUCCUAUAUCUCUAGUUGAGGCAUUUUUGUCUGAUGAUGCAUGGACUGUGCCUCAAUCAGCAUUACUACCGUUUGUCACAAAUUGGGUGUCACAAGAUGUGCCAGGUCGUGAACAGCAUACCAGGAAGCUUCUCACCUUCGUAGAUUGGACUGCAAUGGAUCAGCAAGCUAUUACUGAACAUGUUGAUCGUGAUCCUUUGUACCCCCGAAGUGAAAUUGCACUAUACGCUGUACUCCAAGCUCUUCUCUCUAAUAACUUACUAUUCAACAAGUAUCAGAUAGUUUAUGAAUCCCUUCAUAUUAGAUUUAACCAAAGUUCUUCUGUUGGAAAGUCAAUUGCUGCAUCCAAUCCAUCUGAAGAUAGUACACCAAAUGUUAAAUUAGAAGUCCCCUCUCCUGGGUCUCCAAGUUCUAAUUCAAAACUUGCUGCUGAUGGUGAUCAAUUUCUGGUUGAUGGACGAAAGUCCAAAUCUGGAAAAACACCAGAUACUGGUGGUAAACAAGUAGAUGUUGAUGAUGAUGAGGGAGACACUGGGGCAGAUGUAGAUAUUACAUAUGAGGGUCGAUAUUCAGAUGAUUCAACAGAUGAUGAAAGUCAAAAACAUAUGAAAGAAGAGACCGAUGAUCAGGGGUUUGAAGGAGAUGAAGGAUUUUCUAAGGAUGAGCCUAUGAUUGACAUUAAAGUAGAUAUGGAAAGAUCUGUGAGAACUGGAGAUGAAGACGAAGAGGAGGAUGAUGAUGAUGACGACGAAGACGAUGAUGAUGACGACGACGACGACAUGGAGGGUAGUGGAACUGCUGAAGAUCUUUCUGCAUCAAGAGACUCUGAGGGAAGUCUUUCAGAAAGUCUUUCUGGGAGUGGGCAUAAAGCAUUAUCUCGGACAAGAAGUGGUGGUGUAAGUAAGAGAAAAAGUCGAAGAAUAUCUAUUACUAACCGAAGUCUUCGCGUGACAUCUGGGAGAGGAAAUUAUCCUCCAGGCUCUGCCCGACGUGGACGCCCACCAGGCACAGGCAAGAAACAACGUGAAGCAGCAGCUGCUGCUGCUGCAGCCGCUGCUAUGAUGGAUGAGGAAAUGGCGAUCACACUUGAAGGAGAUGAGCAACUAGCUGUCAAGAAAUUAAAAUGUAAACAAUGCAAGUUCCGAGCUAGAGAUGACGCUGAAUUAGAAGCCCAUGUCAAUGAUGCUCAUCAGGGUGCUCAUGAUGUGAUCUAUAAGUGUAGUGAAUGUGAAUUUACAUGUGGCUAUAUCAAAGAUUACUACAAACAUUUGAAGAAACAUUUUCCUGGACCUCCAUUUAAGUGUGACAACUGUGAUUAUCAGUGUGAUAAGAUGGUAAAUUUAGUUGCUCAUAGAUCCAAAACUUGUGAUGAAAAACCACACCACUGUACCAUGUGUGAUUAUAAGUGUCGUUCAAGACCUUACCUCUUAGUCCACAUGCGGAGCCAUACAGGCGAGCUUCCUUACAAGUGUGAUACAUGUGGGAGGGCAUAUGCCAUGCGCAGUACUUUGGAACAGCAUCUCACAUCUCACAGCAAAGAACAACCAUAUUUAUGUGAUGCUUGUGGCUUUGCCACAAAAUAUAUUGCUCAUUUGAUGGCUCACAAGCGAAUCCAUACUGGAGAUGUGCAUCGCUGCACAUUCCCAGAUUGUAAAUACUCCACACCAAAAAAGUCUCAGCUGCUUUCUCAUGCACGCACUCAUGAAGGGGUUAGACCCCAUACCUGUCACGUUUGUGGAAGGGGAUUUCUGGAAAAAAGUCAUUUGGUGCGCCAUGAGCGUAUUCACUUGGAUGACAAACCAUUCAAAUGUGAUCAAUGUGAUUAUGCUAGCUCCAGGAGAGAUAAACUAAAAGAGCACUACACACGGCACCACGGUGAUAAUGCUUCGGCAAGAGUUCCGUACAAGGCCAGGGUGUCACGAGUUGGUGAUCCUAGAAGAGAGAAUGAUGCUGGAGAUGAUUUUAAUGUUGACAAUGCAUCCUCAACUCACUCAUCAAACCACGGAAUUAACCUUACUAACCCUGGAAUUAUAACUGGAUCUCUUGGACCAAGCUCCGGUGAGAUGGCUGAACUUUUGCUGGCUCAUAGUAUGUCAGCAGCAGCACAACAGCAUCUCAAGUAUGCAACAAGUUUUGCUGGUCUUGGUGGUAAUGAUAGUCAUAUGAACAUGGACUUCCAUCAGCCACAACAGCAACAAAUGCACUCGAACUCUCGCCUAUCUCUCUCUGGAGUACCAAGCAACGGAGAGUCACUGCAUGCUGAAACCAAAGAUGCUUUACUAGGACAAGCUGGACCUAUUGCUACACCACCUUCUGCACAUCACAUGCAUCAAUCUGCAGCUUCUGCUGCUGCUAUGGCUGCUAUGAUGUUGGAUGGAAGAGUUGGGUAUCAUCAAGCAGGAGUUGGUUAUGGUGCAGGUUCCAUGUCGCAGCUACCAUCCCAGUCCUCAUCUUUGGCCUCAUCACAAAGUAGUGAAUACCCAACAAUGUCAUUAUUUUGAAGAUAGCAUUCAAUUAUAUUGUUUUCAUUGUUAAAAUAUAUCUUUGGUGCAUUCCACUCUGUAAGUUGCUUGAAACCAAUGCUGCCACAUACUCAUUUUUUCUAAAGAGUUUUAUUUUGUGAUGUAAAGGUUUAUUACCUAUAAGAUGUGUCCCCUUUCUGGAAUGAUGAAACUCCAUGUCCCUAUCCCAGUAAAUUUGAAAUUCAUAUCUAAUACACUUUUCCAUCAAAUGGGGAAGAGAGAAAAGAAUCAAAAAUCACAGGAAACAGUAAUAAACAGAUCAAAUCUUUAAAAAAUUUGGCUUUUCUUGGGGGAAAAAAAGUAUUCUGGACUUGUUGGUGCGCCUCAGAGAUGAACAAAUAUGAUCCACAUACUGGUUUUGGAAGCGUUUCUGAUGCGUUUUGAUUCUUUUCUUUCUUCAAUAUUCAGUGGAAUGGUCUAUUUCUUUUCCUUUUCAAUGAAUCUUUUUUGUAAUCUUAACUGACUGACUGUACAUUGUGUUUUGAAAUAAUUGAAUCAAGCACGGGUCCAGACACCCACUUCUUUGUGGAUUGUGGAGCAAGUCACGUUCCUAUCUGGAUUGCGUAUGCUUUGUUGUUUUGAAGAUUGUAUGAGCCCCCCCCCCCCUUUUUUUUUCUUCACAAGACGCCACUGUAUUAUAUAUUUUAAACAUUUCUGGUAUGUGGAAGACUUUAAUCGGAGGAAGUGCACUUAAAAUAUCUAGUACAUUCCACAGGAAUACUCUCGUGUUUCUGACAAAUAAUUUUUACUCGAUUUUACUUUUCAACCCCUUUUUUUUCUAGGCAUAAGGUGCCUUAUUUUUCUUGUAUUUUAAAAUUGUCAUUGGUUGCUGCAACAGUUUAAGUGCUUACUAUUUUCACGAAACACAUGUAAAAUGUUCAGAAGAAAUCACCACAGUCUAAAAAGGGAUGAUUGAUCUGCAAAUCAGGUCUAUCCAGAUUUUCACCCAUAGGACAGUAUUCUUAUUGUUUGAUUUAAAGUUAAAUGUUGUUUGAUAACAAAUUGAAGUUCUGUAUGUGCAUGGGUAUUCCAAAACAUAUAUAUGUUAUGUUAUCUGCGUUCAAAGGAAGCAUAUGCAUGCCAAAAUUAUUUGUCUAAUGCUCUUGUACUUUAUGAUAGAGCUACAAAUGCUCUGUAGAUUUGUAUUCCAUACUUUGCAAGUCAUGCCUAAUUUAGAUUGAAUUGUUAUUUAUUUUUAAGUAUUAUUGUAGUUUGAUGAAACCUUGAUUGUGUAAAAAGGCUUUAAUAGUUGGAAAUUACAUCCUAACUUUGUUUGCACAAUGUAUGAAAAGUGGUGAAAAAUUUGAUUAUUAAUUUCAAAUUUUGCCCUGCUGAGUUUGAAAGAUGCAUUACUUUACAGAAGUAAUAUAAUUUUAAAGAGCUAAAGACUGAAAUAGUCUUUCUAGUGAUAAAUAUUUGUCAUUGAAAGUUGUUGCUACACUGGACAAUAAUGAAAUGUAGCAUGGGUAUGUGAAUAUGAUAUGUAGGUGUAAAAGAAACGUCUCUUCAAUCAAUUCAUUUAUCAACUAAACCAGGAAAGUAUGUAUGUAUUGCAGCUUGAGAUAGAUUUGCCUGACCACUGACACAGGGAUUAGUUUUGAAGAGAAAAGCGGGGCUAAUAAACAAGACCAGAACAACUCAGGUAAGAUUACAAGGUGACAUAUUGGAACAUGAAUGGUUGCUUGGCAGCUAUCACCUUCAGUGUACCCAAAGUAAUUUGAGUUCAAGUCAAAACUAAUUACUCUUCUUCACUGAUGUUCUGGACAUAAUUUAUUGUGACACCUAGUUGAUAAUGAAGUCAUACUGUUAGCAAAUGAAUACUUGGUAAUUGUUUACACUAGGGAUUGUUUACCCAACUAUGGCAAUAGUCCAUUGUUCAGUGCUACUUGCAGAGCUCUUCACUUAAUUAAGGAAGACAAUGAGGAUAUGCAUAUCAUGUGAUCUGCUUGUGAUACCUAAUAUCUCCUCUUGCUUUUUGUAACAUUCUAUAUUAAUAGUUUCCAACUUGUUUCUGACUCUUUUUGUCUUUCUUUCUACAGUUUUUUUUCUAUAAUGCUUAUUUAUUAGCUUUAUAUGUCAAUAGCAGCUAGCAAAUUAGACUGAAAAAUGGAAGUUUCUUCAAUGUUUUGUUUUUUAACCAGUUACCACCAUGAAGAAAGUGCGGAAAAUGAAAGUAUUUAAGCUGUUGACUUCUUUCCAAGGCAACUUAUGUCAUUGUGAAUGCUCAGCAGUCCAUCAAAUCUCAUAUCAGUCCCAGUUUUCCUCUUCCAACUCUCUUUUUGAGAAUAACUUCAAAUUCAACUAAGAUUGACUUGUUAACACUGUUAGCGUUUUUUAGUUCAGUUUUAUACUAAAAAAGGUAUCUUUAUGGGAAACAAAUAUAUCAAUAACUUAUAACUGAUCGUUGCUACUCCUGCAUUUCUUGCAAGAAUGUUACAUUAAAACAGGGUACUUUUGUCUUUGUGGAAAUUGUUUUGUAAGUUAAUUUUCCUUUAGUGACUGAUUGUAUAGAGUAAAUAUAUAUAUAAUUUGUAUUGCAUUGACCCAGUGGAUUGAAAUUUUUUCAGUUUCCAAUCUUUUGUUUGCGCUCAAUGUGUCUCAUCAUACGCAUUGUUAAGUUCUUUCUCAUCAAUAUAUAUCUGUGGCGGAUAUGAAACUACUACUUUGUAUCUUCUGUACUGUAUGUGUUGAGACAUCAUACGCUUGUGAGCACAUUGCAAUUGUUUUAUAGUUAGAAUUUAAAAGUUCUAGCAAUAUAAUUAUCAUCUGAGCAAUAAGAUUUGUGAGAGUUUAUACAAAACAAAG